AAACCUGCGGGAUUAGAGGAUAGCGCUGCCCGAAUCCGGGACCUCCCUGCCACGGAGGGUUUAAAUCCCCCGCGCGGUGCCACCCGCGGAAUUCCCGCACCCCGCGCUCCCCACGCGUGUCUCCGUCCGGGAGAGCUGCGGGAGCGGAGCCGCAGCAUCGCCGUCUGCGGGCACGGAGGAAGGCUUAGAAACACCGCCGAGAAUUAACCGCAGGAACACCCCGACUCAUUCGGGGCCGCUGCUCGGCCCGCAGCGGGCAGAGAACGGCGUGAAACGCCCCAAAGCGCGCAGGUGACCCCGCUCCCCCCGCCCGCCGCGGGUGUCGCAACCGCGCCCGUCCUCAGCCGCGCCCCGCGGGGCGGGCGGCGCAGGGAGCGCGCAGGGAGCGCGCAGGGCGCGGGCAGCGCUGCCGGCCCCGCGCCCGGCCCCGCCGGCCGCCCCGCGCCGCCGAUGCUGUCGGUGCCGGUGCCGGUGGCGGGCGCGGGGGCGGCGCGGGGCGCGGGCUCCCUGCCCCGCCGGCGCACCAUGUGCAGCGGCGUCGGCUGCUUCUGGGCGCUGCUGUCCGCCGGCCUCCUGGCCGCCUGCGCCGCCGCCUUCCUCUCGCCGGCCUGGCUGCUGCCGCCCGGCCGCGCCGCAGCCGGCUUCGGCUUGCUCUGGCGCUGCGCCGGGCCGCCCCGCGGCUGCCACGGCUCCGCCGGCCCCGGUGGCUUCGGAGACAUCCCCUCCGGUUCCUGGCAGACCAGCGCCGUGCUGUGUGCGGGCGGCUGUGCCCUGCUGGCCCUCAGCUCCCUGCUGGCCAUCGUCGCUGUCCUGCUGCCCGGCGGAGCCUGCGAGCGCCGAGUCUGCACCCUGGCUGGCUACAUGCAGACAGCAGCAGUGUUCAUAAUGGCUUCUGGGCUUUUGGUUUACCCUUUUGGUUUCAACUCUGCUACUGUGAAGAGAUUCUGUGAGAACUCAGACAUCUACUAUGCAGGAGACUGCCAGAUUGGAUGGGGGUACAUGCUGGCAAUUGUUGGGGUCAUGUUGUCUGUCUUUUUACCAUUCUUUGCAAAAUAUGCACCAAAAGAGCACAUAUCUCCAACUCCAAUACCUACUAUUUUAUAGUAUUUGAUUACUGUUUAAGAACAGAACAUUCCUGUCUACAGUAAUGGGCAGAAAUUCUUAAAGCACUUCCAGCUGGCUGUGUUGCUAAAGAGAGGAGAGGAGAUGGGGAAGAGAAGGUCAGAUUGACAAAGACCAAAAGUGCAUUGAAAGUCUUCCGUAAGCACGAGAGCAGCGAACGCUCUGGAAUUGGAAUGGGAUCAAUCUGCAGCCUUUACACUGCUCUAAACAGAUAAUGGCAUCAUGCCUUAGACAAAACAAAAAUCAGUUUAUCCUCGAAACAUCUGUCUACCUCCCAGUUUCUUUGGUGUCUCAAAAUUGUGAGUCUUAAAGGCUUCGAUUCACUUUUGAUAUAUUGUGAAAUGUCAGAACUUUUACGAACCCGGUAACUUUAAAAUCAAUAAUGAUAUUUUGUUACAAUUAUUUUGAUUAGUGAAAAAAGCACCUACUAGUAGCCACAGCCUAAAAUUAAGAUUGAUAGCUAAAAAGAAUUGUAUACAAGAAAAAAGUUUCUUUUUAAUCUAUAUAUAUUAGCAACACCUGCAUAUUGUAAGUUCUGGGCACAGUUUUUACUUCUGCUCUAAUUGCCAAGAUACAGAGCCAUCUUCAUGAAGUCUUGGGUAAAAUUGAAAUUUCUUUUUUUCCGAGACCUCCAACCACUUCCAAAGGCUUCAUGAUGAUUUAAUAUUUUAACAAAAGGGAAAAAAAAACCCCCUAAGAAUUUGUUUUCAGUAUUUCUUAAAUUAUAAUUCUAGGUAGACUUUAACAAAAUGUUUUGAACUAUGACAACUGUAGAUUUUGGGUUUUGUUGUUUAAGGCUGAAAAUUAAAAAAAAAUAUCUCUGUUUACAAAAAUGUCUGUGCCCAACGUCCUUCUCUGUAGUGAUCAUACAAGCCAGAAUGAACUAAUUCCAGUGGUUCCAUUGCAAUUCAGAGUCCAGACUGUAAAACAAAAAAGUGAAAUGCUAUUGAACGCGACUAGCAAAAAUCGGAUGCUGUGUCAGAAUUACAAUGGCCAUAUUUCAUUAGUCUGUAUGGAAAUUUUGUGAGGUCUGAUUUCCACAAUAGCACUGAAUUCAUUAUUAUCAAGCAUUGAAAUAAGUGCACUUGAUUGCCUUAAGCAAAAGAAACAUUGGGUUCUAAUCUCACACCACUGUUGUGUUUUGCAUUUAAAAUAAAAAUUUAAUUCUAA